AGUUGGUUUUAAAACGCUCACAGUCGAACAUCGGAUAUUAUUUACCAUUGGAUAUUUUAGAAAUUUAUCAAUACCAUGUACAGAACUUUGAUAUUUGCACCCUUUCUUUUUCUCUGUGCCAUAAUAAAUAACUUCAAUUUGGUUAAGUCUGCGCUGCUUUUCACCACAAACUCCGAGUAUGGGAUAUUCAUGGCCAUAUCGGUGCCGAUUGGCUUGCCACAUCGCAAUGUCUUUCUGUCCUAUAACUACGAGUUUAAUUACUAUCAACCGGAACACGUGUACAAAUAUCCACCGAUUUUGAUGGGUCAGGACUUUGAGGACAGCUAUCUCACAUAUCCGACAACUGGACGUGAGGCCGAAGGGCGACACUGCCAGAAUUGCACAGAUUGGAAAAUAGAGGGAAAUAUAAAUAGCACCUCAUCAAAUAAUAACUCAACUAAAGCUGCUUCGCGCGAAAAACGUGGUCUAACUCUGAUGAGUCGCUCGGUAUUUUAUGCAAUGCUAAGGGAUAAAUUAAGAAGGUCAGGGUUUCCAGCUGAACCCUGUUUGCUGCGCUUGAUAUGCGAUACAAAUGCUUCACAACUGGGUGAAGUUAAUGGAUUUUUAGGCAGCCUCGUUCACAUUAUAUUCAGUCCCAGCAGUUCCAAGGAUGAGCACCUGCCCAAUGAGUAUUACCAGGCCGAAUGGGAUGGUCGAGAGCAGCAGGAGUGCUCCACGUAUACCAAAAGUUGUGAUCACAACAUCUUGGACCUGGUUUCCGUGUCACUGGAACAGUCUUUAAGCGAUAUUGUAAGCCGACGAGGGCGCAAAUAAACUGGAGUGUUGACCAAG